ACACAACCCUUGAGCUUCAUCCACGAUGGCGCCCACUUCUUCAUCAACGCGCGCACUAAAUGCAAUCCUUCCUCAAAUACAAACAGCUCCAUAUGAAGCUCAUCAGAAAGCCAGAACGUUUGCUUCAAGAUAUGUGAAAUCGAAUCAGUUCGAUACGGCGAUCGAUGUGCUCUUUCAGAGCGCGAGAGAGCUGCUCAAGACGGGACAGCCUGGAAGUGGUGUUGAUCUUGGGUGUUUUCUCCUGGACGUGUACGAGUCAAAAGGGGAGGAGGUUAAUGAAGAGAGUAGAGGUAGGUUGACGCAGCUGGUCGCGUUAACAGGACCUUCAGGCUCCUGGAGAAAAACUCUAAUCGAUAGGUCUUUGACAUGGUCUUCAAAACACGGUCCAUAUCCAGCAGGAGAUCCUACUCUACUUCAUUAUGUGGGUGAACUAUUAUAUAAAGAGGGACAAUUCGAGGCCGCAGAGCCACACCUACUGGGUGCUGGGACGAGAGAUAGUGCAAGGCUGCUUGCGGAGAUUUUCGUUCAAUGGGGAACACCUAGUAAUUCGUUUGGUGAACUAGGAUUGCGAGGAACUAUUCCCUACUUACAAAACGGGAACGUAUUGGCCGCAAGGUCCUUCAUCAACACUUUCGUUUCCGGUCUUCCAGGAUCCCUACACUCAGAUACGGCACCAUUGUCAGUGGGAUCAAGCCACGAAGUAUUGAUCACGAAGGACUCUUUGGUGAACUUCGUUCAAUUGGCGGUGGCAACAUGCCAGCGGGCUCAGGGAGACAAGAACAAAGUUAUGCGUGAGAGUUGGGUGAGGCUUUGCGGAACCUACCAAAGCCGAGGCGGGGUUCUAGCAGGCCCUGAAGUGAGAAGGGCCUUGCAUGAUAUAGCCCAGCUCUAUUUUGCUGUCCCGCCUCCUAGGAACCAGCCUGCGAAUCCCUUUGGAGAGAUGAUAUCCUCGUUGUUGGGCGGCGGCGGUGGUCCAUCUGGCGGCCAAUCUGCUCGUCGUGUAUUAUCUCCGGCUCCACCUACAACUUCUGGCUUGGAUUGAGGGGGUUUCUUCGUUGGUUUCAUUGGCUUGGCACAUGUAUAUACGCAGUAAUGAAGGCAAGCUUUCAGAUUGGUGACUGGGUGGACUGUACACAUACAUCUAAAUCCAUGUGUGUAUCUAGACCUGACGUAGUAGUUAGGCAUGCUUCCCAUCGUGUCAGAUAGUUACGGGUUUGAAAGUUACAGGCCGCCGCCUAGACAGGAUUGACACGACAAUCCCACGUAACCUUAAC